CGCAGCCGCUUCGGCCGAGGCCGCGGGGCAGGCCGGGGCCGCGGCCAGAGGACAGCCGUCGCCCGGCAGCCCAGCGGCGGGCGGCCGCCGGGAGAGGGCGCCAUGCAGAUCUUCGUGAGCGGCCUGGCGGGCCAGUGCCUGGCGCUGUCGGCGGAGCCUGGGGCGGACGUCGCGAGCCUUAAGCAGCAGAUCGCCGCCGCGCAGGGCGUGCCCGCGGCCGAGCAGCGCCUCGCGUUCGGCGGGCGCGCGCUGGCGGACUCGGAGCUGCUCGGCGGCUGCGGGCUGCAGGACGAGUCCACCGUCUUCCUGGGUCUGGACCUCGCAGGGGGCGGCAAGAAGCGCAAGAAGAAGACCUACACGAAGCCGAAGAAGAUCAAGCACAAGCGCAAGAAGGUCAAGCUCGCGGUGCUGAAGUUCUACAAGGUCGACUCCAGCGACAAGGUGUCCCGCCUGCGCCGGGAGUGCCCGCACGAGCUCUGCGGCCCGGGCGUGUUCAUGGCCAUGCACUUCAACCGCUACUACUGCGGCAAGUGCCAUCUCACGUACCUGAUCAAGAAGGGCGACGCCCUCACGCGCCACCUGGACACCCCGCAGGGCUGGACCCGGGGCAGGAAGUCCGUGCUGGUUGUCGUCAUGGACUGGAAGGUGGGCGACAAGUCCAUGUCGCCCUACUCCCAGCAGGAGCACAAUCCGAUUCCAAAUUACAGGUCGAAGAUCUUCCCCGCCGUGAACGAGGCUUUCACGAGGAUGUCAUACGGCCAGUUUGGGAUCGAGGUGACUUUUGUCCCAGAGGUGAUCCGGUACUCGAGGGACCGGAUCGCCUACACGUCCCGCAAGAUGCCCUUUCCUUCGCUGUACAACGCGGCCAAGGAGUCGAUGGAGGGGUACACGAGCCAGUACAGGUUUGACGACUACGACCUCGUCUUCGU